AUGAUAUCUUUUAGACAAAGUUCUCUUCUUGGUGACCAAACUCUCUUCUUUCUUCACUUAUUUUCCUCCUGUCCACCUGGAAAUUACGCUUUUCUUUUACGACUGCUAGAAGGUGAAAAUUUACUUAAACACGUGGUAAAACACUUUUUGAAAACGUACGUGUUUGCUCCUUCUUCAUCUCAAACAGCUUUAACUCCAAACUCCACUUAUGGACUUCUUUUCAAACUUUCUUUUCUGGGGACUUCUUUGAGAGGACUUCUCAAAACUUUCUCUGAAGGGGAAACUUGCCCUCAGCAACUUUGUUACCCAUGCAUCCUUCACAUAUGGGCAAAUACUGCCUGCCUUUUCAGCAGAGAGAGAGAAAAGAAACCUCUUCUUUCUGAGGUGUCUCAUUUCCAACUGCCAGUCCCAGUUCUCCCUUCCCUUUCAAAGCGGGGGUCACCUUUGAGCCGUCCAAUCACAGUCCAUUAA